AUGAAGUUCAGCAAGUUCGUAACCAGCGACUCUGGCAAGAACCGUAAGCAGCAUUUCAAUGCUCCUUCCCACGAGCGUAGAAAGAUUAUGUCUUCUCCCCUCGUCAAGGACUUGAGAGCCAAGCACGGAAUUCGCGCUAUCCCAAUCAGAGUUGAUGAUGAAGUUGUUGUUACUCGUGGACGUCAUAAGGGAAACAAUGGCCGCGUCAUUCGUUGUUAUCGUAAGAAGUUCGUCAUCCACAUUGACAAGAUCACCCGCGAAAAGGCCAACGGAUCUACCGUGCAUAUCGGAAUCCACCCUUCCAAGGUUGCUAUCACUAAGCUGAAGCUCGAUAAGGAUCGUCGUUCCAUCGUCGAAAGAAAGGCUGCUGGACGCGCUCGUGUCCUCGGAGUCCUCAAGGGAAAGCACUCUGAAGAAUCAGUUAACUGA